CCCACUUCCUGCUCCUCUUCAUGACGGCUGUGAGUCUCUUUCUGCUCGAUUCGAGGAUGAGUGUCUCUGAGCAUCGUCCCCACGUCGACAGCAGUGCUGCACUGUGUGUGUGACAGGGUUUGAUUCUGCUGAGUCAUGGCUGUCAGCCUGGAGGACCUGGACUGUGAGUUCGACCUGAACACGGCCAUCCCAGAGACAGAACUGUUGGACAACAGCAUCCAUAAAGGCAAAGCGCAGCUGCCAGUCAAAACCCGCCGCAGCCGCCUCUCCAGGUCCAACCAUCAUGACAGCACGAGCUCCACGGAGGGAGAUGACCGCUAUGAUAGGAAGGAAAGUCCUCGGCAGUGUGCCCACUCACCUCUCCACCUGGUGCCAGGCUCCUCCCCUUUCUCUGAGUCAUCUCAAAGCCCCGCCUUCUCUUUUGAAUCAUCAUCGAGGGGUCGCGCUCCUGAAAAUAGAGGCACACCAUUGGCUGCCCCACAGAAGGGGCGGUACCAUCAACUGAUCAAUGCCACUUCUCAGGAGGCCCUGGUCUCCCCCAGCAGCUCCCAGAAGUCCAGCCUCUCCUCUGACGGCUCACCUGUGCACCUGAGGAGGAGCAAAUGGCCAGAGGCUGACGUUCUGGUGUCAGACGGAGGCUGUGACUGCGGUGUAGGUGAUUCGGGCGGUCCGACUGUUGUCUUUGACAAGAAGACGAAGCGCCGCUUUCUGGAUCUGGGGGUGACCCUCCGCCGUUCGUAUAUCAGAGUGAGGAAAGACAAGUCCAACAGGCUUUCUGUGGCCAGCAGAGAACCAUCAGAAAGUCCCUCUCGGUCUUCUGGAUCUUUGGUUUCUUUCUCAUGGUUCACUGAAGGAAGGGGAUCAUUCUCGUCUUCCGGGACUCCGCCCAGCUCACCCAGAACUGCGUUACUGAGCUUCAACAAACCCCGCCGGUCCCAGUCCCAGGAGUCAGCUCUCAGUGAGGAGUUCUCUGCUCCUCACACCUCAUCCUCCAUCUCUCCGUCUACUGUUGACUCACACAAGUCCUCCCAUCAGUACCAGACUCUGUCUCCAUCCUCUGAUGAGCCCCGGGAUGAGGCCUCCUCGUCUGUGUCCUCCUGGACUCCUCAGGAGGUCUGCCAGUGGCUUAAAGGCCUCAACAUGGAGCAGUACAUCACAGAAUUCAUGGCCAAAGACAUUGAUGGAGAGCAGUUGUUGCAAAUGAAUGGAAGCAGGCUGAAGGGUCUGGGCGUGCUCAGUUCAUCCGACCGCAGCAUGCUGAAACAACACAUCAAAGACCUACAGGCGGCGGACAUGAAGGAGAGAAAAGCUCUGGACAAACAGGAGAAGAAGAAGGAAAAGCAGCGAAAGAAACACCAGGAGCAGCGGCGAAACUGAGGCUGGGGGUGGGGGGCAGGUGUGAAUCAGAGGGCGGCUGGAAGAGCAGGGUAGGAUAGAAAGAGUAACUGGUAGGAGAGACUAACCACGAGUGAGUGUUAUGCUGAAUAAAGAGCCUCAUGCAUCCUCCGGAGUCGGUUCUGUUAAAGUCCGGUUCUGUUUUUUCUGGUUUUGUUUUGCUAAGUCAGCAUCUUUUUUUCUGUUUCAGCAAAUAAGAAACAGGACAAAAUCGAUCAUUGACGUCCUGGAACCACGGGAACCGAUUGCUGUGGACUAUGACGAGCACAGAGGUCCAACAGCAGAACACGGGUCCAGUUCACGGAGGUUAGUCCUUCCAAUCCAUGUGGGCUUGAAGACCCCCAGGAGGACAAUGGAGUCGUCUGUUGGGGUGCUUUCCAGUACCCCUAUGAGAGACACCAAGUAGGCCUGGUACUCCAAACUGCUGUUCGGCCCAUUGGGCAAAACCACAGUCAGUGACUGGUACCGGGCCGAAGGGACACGGCCCCAUUAUUCCUCAGACUGAACUCCUCACCUGGCGACUGAGCUGGGGGCUCACGGUUAAGCCCACACCAGCCCGUCGCCUCUCACCAUAUCCAGAAUGGUAGAAUCCAACCCGUCUGGAGCGCCAACUUUCAGUCCAGGAUGUGCGUGGAGGUGAGCCCAACUAUAUCUAGCGGUACCUCAAACCCCCCACAAGUUCUGGCUCCUUCCUUUACAGACAGGAUGUUCCAAGUCCCAAAUGCCAAGUUGAUGACUGGGAGUUGGACCACUGAGGCUCAUCAGACGACAUUGCACUGACCUACUUUGUGGGGAGUGAUCCAAGCUGGACCUGACCCGGGCUUGUGGGAAAAACUCUGAACACCCGUGUACCCACAAUGGACCUCAGAGUGGGGUCCCGGACCGCCGCUGGAUCCUAAAGUUCUUGUCGGGCUGGUCAUCUUGGACCUGACUCCCCCGGGCCGUAGCUUAGUGCCUGGGGUCACUCACACUACACCCCCCACGUUAAGGGGCGCUUCACAGGUGGGAGGAUGUAGGCUCAUGCAGCAACAAGGUAAACUUCCUGCUGAGGUUCAGUUCCCCAAACCAUAGAUCUUUCUGUUUGGGUUGAUGACUGGAAGCAGCUCAGUGGCGUGGGGUUCUCACACCAAAAAGGACCCGGUUCAAAUCCCAACUGGGUCUUUUGUGUGAGGAGUUAGCAUGUUCUCCUCGGUGUGUAGUUGUGAGUAGGGCUGUGGAUCAUCACUUAGGUGGCGAUCCGAUUCGAUUCGCAAAUCGAACUACGAUUCUUACUUUUUAUUAUGUUUAUUGCUAUGUGUAUGUCUAUUUACUGGAUGGAUGAAAAUUCAAAUUAUUUGUAUUUAAUCAUCAUUUUUACAUUUAUUUAGAACAGGAGAUCAAAAUGAACAAAACUGAUUAAAAACACAAAGAUUCAGAUGAAAAGAAAUGUUGUUUGUCAUUUUAAACUUUUUUUUUUGUUAUCAAUCUUCUGGUUCAGCAGUAAAACAACAUAAAGGAUAAAAUCUCUGAUGUUUUGGAUCAUUUAACAGAAUCUGAAAAUGUUCUCCACAGUUUUCUAUCCUCAAAGUUCUUCAAUAUUUUAC